AUGCCCCCCGACGGUCCCAGCCGCUUCAAGACGCGCUUCUCCAACAUUUCCAUGCCCGGGUUCAAGCAAAAGCAGCCCGACAUCACCCCUUAUCCAAUGUAUCUGCCGCCCCCCGUGUCGCUCGCCGCAGUCCAUAGCGUAGCCCAAAACGUCCACUGUGUCGAGUCACACCGUGCGAGUCUCAAGAGCCAGCACGCCAGCCCAGGCAUGUUCGUGCCCAGCUCGCCGCUCCCUCCCCUCCCCACGGGCCUGGGUGGCAACUUGGGCUACCAACUCUCGCCGCCCGAGUCUCCGUACCCGAUCGAUCUCGAGGCGUACGCCCAAGGAGGUGCUGCUUCGAGUGAAGCCUCUCCCGAGUCGAGUCCCAAGGCGCGCCCGCCGCCACUCGACCUCGAACGCACGCACCAAGUCUACCCCGCCAAGGUGGUGCGUGAAGUCCCUCCCCCGCCGCUCCUGAACGUCGCGCGUGGGCGUAUCCCUCCGGCCCCUGCUGUGGGUCGAGGAUCCGACACGACCGCCACGUUGGAGUUCUUUGAUGUGGAAAAGCACGCGGGAGACUACAAGGCGAGCGAAACCCUCGAGGCAGAGGGGGGACGGUACCCGACCUGGAAGAACACCCGCCAUCUCGAGCCGGCCGCCACUGCUACUGCUCCCCACCAGCAGUUUGCGGCAUCGCACGCGCGUGACUUGGGCGAUUCCGUCCUGCACGAUGUCUUCCUCACACCCACGUACAACACGUUCUCUUCCUCCCCCGGUCCGUCGGGCUCCAACUCGACCGUAAAGGGACCCCGGGGCGCCAUCCCGGCCAUGGCAGCCAACGCUGCGCGGCUGAGCACCGCAUGGAUCAUGCGGCCCAGUGCGCUCAAGCGCGACGGCAAUGGCGACGGAGACUACAACGACAGGCCCAGGCCCCAGCGUACGGUUCGCAUGGCGCUGCCUCUCCCGCUGCCCGAGAAGGACGCGUACGCCGGAUAUCGCAAGGCCAGGAGCGUCGCGUCCACCGCUUCGCCUGCUUCCUCGGUUCACAGAGCGCCUCGCUGGAGUGGCGCCAGGGAGUGGGUUAUGAGUGAUGUGGAGAAGGUGAAGGCUGCUGUGGGAGGCAGGCAGGCGGGUUACAGCAAGAAUGUCGAGCAGAAGAAGAAUAAGCGAAACCGGUGCAUUGUCCUGGUCGUCCUUGUCUUAUUCAUCCUCAUUGUGGUCCUCUGCAUCAAGCUCAUCCACAAGAGCCCCUCCAGCUCGAUUGCCUCAGACGCCAGCUCGGCGUCCAACUCGGGCACACCGACGGCAACUGCCACCUCGUCCUCGGCGCCCUCAGCAGCUACCACAAGCUCGGCAAUGCUCGCCACCUGCCUGUCCUCAUUCACCAACGACGCACCCUCCAACCCCCAGGCGUACGCUUGCGGUGACUGUGUCCCUGUGCUCGAAUCUGCCGUCAACGACUACACCCUCCCUCUAGAUGGUGGCAACUCGACCGGUGUCGGCGCGGCGCUCCAGUUCUGUGCCCUCAUGGACCUCUACGGCCAGGCUGCCGGCCAAGACUUCUUCUCCAGUGGGGGUUGGGGCUCUAAUGCGAGCCCAUGUGGAAGUACAGUGUGGAGUGGCUUGAACUGCGAUGAGCGUGGACGAGUUACUGGUCUUGCCAUCACUGCAGCAGCUGUCCCGGCCACACUCCCUGCGAAGCUCACCAACCUCGUCUCCCUCGCCACAGUCUUCAUCACCGGCAACAACAGCUUCCCGACGGGGACCUUGCCUCCCGGUUUCUUCUCUCUGGCAAACCUCACCUCGGUGAUGCUCCAGGCGACAGCUCUGACUGGUCCCAUUGACACGCUCGACGUGGCCGCUGCCACCCAGCUCACGAGCCUGUGGCUGGUUGGCAACAAGGCGCUUGGCUCGACCCUGCCAGACCUGUCGGGUAACAAGAAGCUCAACCAGAUAGUCAUGACCCACGCUGGUUUGACGGCGGCGGUGGACACGGCCAAGCUGCCCAGCUCCCUUACAUACAUCAUCGAGGGCCAGGCCCCCAACAUGGGCAGCUUUCCCAACUUGUCCGCCAUGACGCUCUCCAACAACGCCUUCACCCUCCCACCCACCACUCUCCCGACGUCCCUCCGCUCGCUCAACUUGGCCACCAACCCCAAGCUCAACGGCACUGUCCCAGCAGCCAUGUGCUCGCUGGCCUCGUUGACGAGCUGUGACUUGAGGAACACCGGACUCAAGUUUCCGAGCGCGGCCAACGCCUGUGGCGACUGCCUGCUCAGCGCCAGCACAAGCACCACGACCUUCUAUAUCACACCUGUGCCCCCCCGUAUCUAA